AUGAACUUGAGAGCAGGGGGAACACGCUGUGGGGCAGAGCAGAGAGAAAGAGGGCGGCGGUGGAAGGAGCGGCCGGCCACAGUGCCGGGCACCGCGAUGGUGGGAGGAUGGCAGACGCGGUGAAGCAGGGUUUCCUGUACCUUCAGCAGCAGCAGACUUUCGGAAAGAAAUGGCGCAGGUUUGGGGCUACACUGUAUGGACAGUCGGGCUGUGCCUUGGCCCGGCUGGAGCUCCAGGAGGGCCCGGAGAAGUCGCGCCGGGGAGAGGCUGCCCGAAGGGUGAUCCGUCUCAGUGACUGUCUGCGGGUGACUGAGGCCAGUGGAGAGGCCAGCAGUCCCAAGGACACCAGCGCCUUCUUCCUGGAGACCAAGGAGCGCCUGUACCUGCUGGCGGCCCCCACAGCUGAGCGAAGCGACUGGGUGCAGGCCAUCUGCCUCCUAGCCUUCCCUGGCCAGAGGAAGAAGCUGUCGGGGCCAGAGGGGCCCGGCAGCCGGCCCCACAUGGAGGAGAAUGAACUGUACAGCACCGCAACCACAGUGGCCCCCUGCAAGGAGUUUGCUGUGACAGUGAGACCCACAGAAGCCAGUGAAAGGUGCCAGCUCCGGGGGUCCUACACCCUCCGGACUGGAAAGAAUGCCCUGGAGCUGUGGGGUGGCCCAGAGCCCCGCACCCAGCUGUACGACUGGCCCUACAGGUUCCUGCGGCGCUUUGGGCGCGACAAGGUAACCUUUUCCUUUGAGGCAGGCCGGCGGUGUGUCUCUGGAGAGGGCAACUUUGAGUUCAAAACCCAUCAAGGCAAUGAGAUCUUCUUGGCUCUGGAAGAGGCCAUCUCUGCUCAGAAGAAUGCGGCCCCUCCUGGGCCCCAAACCCAGCUAGCCACAGGGCCAGCGGUGCAGCCGCGGCCGGAGAGCCCCUACUCCCGGCCCCACGACUCACUGCCGCCACCUUCACCUACCGCCCCAGUGUCCAGCUCCCGGCCUCGGGGGCCAGAGGGGGAAUACGCAGUGCCCUUCGAUGCGGUGGCCCGUAACCUGGGGAAGAGCUUGAGGGGCAUCCUCAUGGUCCCUCCGCAGCCCCCCGCUGACCCUCUGUAUGACAGCAUUGAGGAGCAUCCACCUUUGAGACCCGACCACAUAUACGACGAGCCGGAGGGAGUGGCAGUCCUGUCCCUGUAUGACAGCCCACAGGAACCCCAGGGUGAGGCCUGGAGGAGGCAGGCCACAGCAGAUGGAGACCCCAGUGGCCUCCAGCACACUUACCCAGUGGGGAAGGACUGGCCACAGGAAACCGAGUAUGACAAUGUUGUACUUAAGAAAGGCCCAAAGUGAUGGUGGGCUAAGGAGCUGGGGGCCCCACGGAAUGCCAGUGCUGAGGUGGGCCUGUGCACACCAGGAGGGGUGGGAGGCUGGUGAGGAGGAGCAUGAUGGGGAAGGCAGGCCGCCCUUCUGGUUUUUGCUGAUGACUCUUGCCCACUGGGCCCCAGGCACCUCCACCUGCUCCUCUCACAAUCCUAGGCUCCAGCUGCCCUUGUCUGGUCCCAGGUAUUGUCCCUGGGGGUCUGCUGGGUGAGUCACCGCCCCAAAGCAGGAAGUGUGCUCUGAAGAGAUCCACGCCCUCCUACUCCUUUUGUACUUCCUCUUGUUUCUUUCCCGGGUCCAAGGAAGGGAGCCCCAGGCAUCUAGGGCACAGGACAGGAGGAUGUCAGCCAACCGCCUGGCUUGUGCCAGCCUUCUACCUGCUAAUGUCCCCUUUGGAGGACAGCCCUGGUGGGUGGCAGCAGUGCCCUGCGGGUUUUGGACUCCCCUGUGGCAUUAAAUGUUCCCCAAAA